CUUUUCGUGCGGAGGUACGGCAACAUUGUGGGAAUGUGGCAACAUUCACCAAUCUUUUAUUUUGACAACAUAACCUCAUUCUUCCCGUCCUCUCCUUUUUGUGUUUUGAAGGUUUUGAAGUUUUGAUAGUUUUGUUUUGUGUCGCUGUUUUUGUCUUAUAAAAAGUAGUUAAGACUUUUAACCGUUAAUUUUAAUGCAACGAAUUCAUUCUACGUGCAUAUUUCUUCUACUUUCUUUUUUUUUCUUUUUCAUUUUUUGUUGAAUUUUUUGCGUGUUUCCAAUCGCUGUCCAGAUCAACAUUAUCUAAGCGAUGAUGAUCUCAAGGCAGACUUUUUAGGUUCCAUAGUUGAAUCGGCACUUAAUUCCUUCUGACUAUGACCGACGUAUACAGUUAUUAUUGUUGCUUCGUGCCCAGCUGUGCAAACACCAGUAGCACAGCACCUGGCAAAAUUUUUAUCACUGUUCCGAAGAAGGAAGAGCAAAGAAAAGCUUGGAGCGAAGCUGCAAGAUUGCAUAAACCUUUAUCUGAAAAAUGCAACUACUACUGCUGCGAUGAUCACUUCAAUCUUGCUGAAGAUGUAGCAAAUUGGAGCCAAUAUAUAUUUUUCAAACAGCAAGGAUUAAGGCUAAGAAUAAGAUUGAAGCCAAAUGUUGUGCCUCACAUUUUUCGGCAUCAGUUUCUACCCAAGGAGUCUCCCCUCAUUGCAGGUGUCAAUGAAGCACGCCAAUGUUUUGACAAUGCACCUUCGAUCUCUCGUAUCAUAAAUCAUGAGAGUGUGAGAGUCAAAAAUGAAGCUUCAGCAAUUACUGAAGAUUCCUGUUCUGAAAACGAUACAAAUGAUGCUUCAGACCUGAAUGAGGUUUCCUCAGCCAACAUUAAGGAGGAGGAAGAGAGUGUUGAGGCUAAUCCUGUGACCGAAUCAACAACAGGAGAUUCUGCUGUUGAAAAUGAUACAAAUAUCAUGUCAGACUUUAACAAGACUUCCUGCUCUUCAACUGUGAAGAAAAAAAUGGUGAUAGUCCGGAUGAAGCCAGGAGAAAAUAAAGUCUUAGAUCAAUAUUCGGGAGUAAAUGAGCAACCAAAAACCAAGAAACGGAAAAUGCGAGGCGCAACUUGAUUUCGAUGUUAAUAAACAAACUUUAAUGUUGAAAAAAUUAAUAUCAAAAGAGGCAUCGAUUUCCAGAGCACCUGUAACUCAGAUUGAUUUGAUACCAACAUAGCUAUCAAGAUUUAGCUAUUUUGGGUAUGGAGAAAGAAGAAAACCGAUGAUACGUGAAAAUAUCAUAAGUUUGGUCUUUAUUUUAGUUUUUGGAAUGAGCCGUUAUGAAAAGUUUUGAGAUAGGAGGAGAUGAGACACUAUCAUCUCUCUUGAUCCCAUAUCCUGCUUUUUAGUCACAUGCUCCCAAAUAGUCUGAUCUUACCUUUGAAAAGUUUAGGAAGACUAUUCUGUAAAAACAACUUGUCAUCAGUAUUAAUACUUUUUAAGUGAGUUGAAAAUAAAUGAUUCUGCUCUGGUCCUUAAGCAGUAGCAGUCUUUCAGCAGUCCUUGUGCAAUCAAAAGCAUGAUUGUGAUGCUCAACAUCUGUCUGAUAAUUUCUACAUAUCUUUAUUAGUUGAAUUGUUUCAAUGUGUAUGAACUCAUACUAUGUGUGCCAUUAAUUUAUUAAUUUCCUUUGAAACUGCUAUGUAGGGAAAGAAGUUGGUAUUCUAGUCAAAUGAAAUGGACCAUGAAACUGCAGGAAUGCUUAUUUUGAUUUUGAAUGAUUGAAAUCGUGUACAUGAAAAAUAUUUCUCGGUAAAUGAAAAAAUUUGUUGAGCAACUUUCUUGGGCCUAGUAUUUUUCUUUUGUCUUCAAUGGUUAUAGCAAUUUCAAACUUACGACUUCAAACUUUCAAACUUCAAACUUUCAAUAGUUUUAGAGUAUUGGAUAAAAAAAAUGGAAAAAUCUGCAUUAAAAAUUUUGUGUGUGAAAAAUACCUCCCAGUGAAUAUGCAAUAUUCACAGUUUCGAUUUUGGUAAUAAUGUGAUUUACCGCAUUUUUCCCAAGAGUUUUCAAUUAUUUCAUGUUUUUUCCUCCCUUAAAAGUCUUUUAGAUGCUAGGUAGCAUUUUAAAUGGAAAUUCAGGUGUUGGAAGUACCAAAUUCUGUCUAUCUUAUUUAUUUUGUGUAGCUUUCAUUGUUUUAGUCUGUUACAUGUAUUUUAUUAAACCACCCACGUCAGGAAAGGUGAA